AUGUCCCCACUCCCUUCACGUAUCUCAAUCAAUGGCCACUCACCUAUCCUCAUCCAUUCCCUCAUCGGCGUGAUGCACGGUCACUUACUUUCGGUCUCUGGCCGUUGUCGCCCAGAACGUUUGGCCACCAAGGUCGUGCCACACCGGAGUCAAGACAGGCAACUGCGUAGCAAGAACACUUCGACAAGAACAUCCUCAAGCCCGACGACACCGACGCCAAUGGCCUGA